AUGGAGUCACUGAGAUUGAGAGUCCUGGCACUAGUUGGAGCUGGAAUUUCUGGUAUUCUGAGCUGUGCUACCAUCGCAUCUGCUGAUGAAGCAGAACAUGGUUUACCAGCUCCUAGUUACCCAUGGCCUCACAAAGGCAUUCUUAGUUCAUAUGAUCAUGCAUCUAUUCGUCGUGGUCAUCAAGUUUAUCAACAAGUUUGUGCUUCUUGCCACUCGAUGUCUCUGAUUUCAUAUCGAGAUCUUGUUGGUGUGGCUUACACUGAAGAAGAGACAAUAGCGAUGGCUGCUGAGAUUGAGGUGGUUGAUGGUCCCAAUGAUGAAGGUGAAAUGUUUACUCGUCCUGGUAAAUUAAGUGACCGUUUUCCUCAGCCGUAUUCAAAUGAACAAGCAGCCAGAUUUGCAAAUGGAGGAGCAUAUCCUCCAGACCUUAGCCUGAUCAGUAAGGCACGACACAAUGGGCAAAACUAUGUUUUUGCUCUUCUCACUGGCCACCGUGAUCCUCCUGCUGGUGUUUUGGUAAGAUUCCAAAUAACUAUCUUUCAUGUUUUGUUUUGGUAUAUGGGAUUCAAAUGGAUUUUUGUACUGUCGCUUGCUCUCCUCCGAGCUGCUUAUUACCGGCGCUUAAAGUGGUCGGUUAUCAAGUCACGCAAGCUAGUGGUGGAUGUCUGA